CGUCUCUACUACUCCACCGGAACCUUUUACGGAUCCCCCGCUUCUUACGUAGCCUACCGCAUCGCUACACAGUUGCGCUUUGGCGACGUCGGUGAUCUGCUCUGGCUCGCCUGCGUGGGCGUCACGGACGCCUACCUUCACGCAAGGGUCGACGUGGCCGGAUACUCCGCCCUCGCCAUUGACCUACGCAGCGACUGUCACCGACUAUUCCCCAACGACAUCAGCAACAAUCCCCACGGACAAACCUUGACCAAGAUUGGCUUCAGUGAAAAUGGCCGCGUCUUGUCCGAAACCGAUUUUCGUUUCUUUUUGCUCAGGCACACAUCACUGCUCGACGCCAUGAUAUAUUCCGAUUUUAUUGCCACGCGCUUCCAGCUCUCCACUUCGCAAGGCAUGCACAAACUCCAGGAAUUGCUCGCCAAAAUGGGAUAUCCCCUGGAAGAAUGCAAGCAACCUUUUGCUUUUAUGAAGCCUUCGCUCCGACGCCGCUUGCAGUCCCAAAUUCGCGAGCACGCGGAAGAAUAUGGCCUCGAAAAUUUUGAAUUUACCAGCUUUUUCCGAGUCACGGGCUACCAAUCGCUCUUGUCGGCAUCCGACACGUCCUACGCCGUCACGGCGUUGCUCGAAUGCGACGUUCCCCGCGCCGACGCCACGGAAGACGAACGCACCCGUCAAGCCUUCAACGUAGCCUACGAUGCACUAAACUCCAACGCGGCACCGACGGUUGGGUUGCAAGGACUCCUCGGUGCGGAGCAAGGGGCCAACGUGAGCAGUCUCGUCAACGGAGGCAACCUGGAGCAAACCGGGGGUGGGGACGAAACGCCGGAUCGGCAUCACGUGUUUGCGAAACCACUGGCACUGACACGCCUUGCGCAUUAUUUGAUGGAUUUGCACCGUGAAAACGGUAAAUGGACCGGCGCCAAGUCUCGCCCGUUGAUCCUCCUGGCCGAGCAACCACGGACGAAAUCCUAUCUAGUGGUAGGCUUUGAAUAUCCCGAACUGGCGGGUAGUUUCGUCAAGAAUCUUUUCGGAAAGAACUUUGAACUGGCGGCACAGUCCAUGAAGGGAACCUUUCGGUUCGACAGCUUUGACAGCAACGUGGUGGAAGUGGCUGCCGUGGAUGUACAACGAUUCGUCGAGCAGUUACACUAUCUGAUGGAUUCAUUGUAA